UCUAUCCUCUUCCUCUUCCUCUUCCUUUCUCUUCUCGACUUCUCCUUUGUAUAUAGUAUAGCACUAGUGGCUGGCCUUUCCCAUGGAAAACCACCAACCUUUCUUUCCCAUAUCGUCGUCAAACAUGGAGAGUUCUCUAGUUUUCAACAAAUUUCUUGGCGAUGCUACUUCAAAUGGGUUCUUGGGGUUGAAGAUAGAAAAUAAUAACCAUUUUCUUGAUCCUACACAAGAAGUUAACAACAAUUCUUCCGAUCAUCAUCAGAGUGGGAGCUCUCAAAGUGGUGAUGUGUCCAAGCCAACAAACAAGAAGAAAGGAGAGAAGAAGAUUAGAAAACCUAGAUAUGCUUUUCAAACCAGGAGUCAGGUUGAUAUACUCGACGACGGCUAUCGAUGGAGGAAAUAUGGACAAAAAGCUGUCAAGAACAACAAAUUCCCAAGAAGCUACUAUCGAUGUACUCGUCAAGGAUGCGAUGUAAAGAAGCAAGUCCAACGGCUAAGCAAAGAUGAAGGCAUUGUAGUGACAACUUAUGAAGGAGUCCAUUCCCAUUCCAUUGAUAAGCCCACUGAUAAUUUUGAACAUAUCCUCACUCAGAUGCAAAUUUACCCUACUCCCUAUUGAACCACCUUACUACAUCUUCUUCUCUUUUUCUUUUUUUCUGGCACAAGGAAAACAGACCGACUACAAUCCAGACCAAGACAAUUAUGAUGUGGAGGACCAUGACCACCUUACUACAUCUACUUGUACUAUAAUAUAUCAGCUUGUAAUACAUACGUAGAUUUCAACUUUAGUUCUAGCUUCAAGAUGGUGGUAAUUAAUAAGUGUAAUGGCCAUGGCCUUGCCAAACAAUAUUGAAUGAUUUCCAGCUCUCUUUUUUGGAUUGAAUUUGAAAUGUAUACUGUAGUUAUUUGGUUUA